AUGCAGUCUGGCACCAGCUCCGCUUCUCAACUUUGCUCCCAUAAACACAUGAAGAAACCCUGAUGAUGUCACAUUCUGUCCUAUCCUCUUAUAAAUAGAUCACUGAUGGUAGGAGGGUGGUGAUAUGUCGAUUAGGACGAACUGAAGGGUCCAGCGUAAAAGGAAGAGGCACUCCUAUGUCAGAGCUUUAGGAUGGCCAUGGAAAGCUCUACUAUUCCCAGUCCUGUUGUCCGCCAAAUCGAUAAGCAGUUCCUGAUCUGCAGCAUAUGUCUGGACCGCUACCAGAAUCCGAAAGUACUGCCCUGCCUGCACACCUUCUGUGAGAGUUGCUUGCAGAAUUACAUCCCGGCUCACAGCCUCACCCUGUCGUGCCCCGUGUGCCGUCAGACGUCAAUCCUCCCAGAGAGGGGGGUGGCUGCGCUGCAGAACAACUUCUUCAUCACCAACCUGAUGGACGUGCUGCAGCACAGGCCAGAUACAUGUAGCCACGAGGCCACCACCCUUAGCAACAUCACCACUGUGGCAACGGGUCAAUUGCUCUCCUGCCCCAAUCAUGGAGGAAGUGUGAUGGCGUUUUAUUGUCCUCCAUGUGAGACAGCCAUGUGUCAAGAGUGCACAAGUGGCGAACAUAGAGAGCACCCAACUGUGCCUCUUAAAGAUGUGGUGGAGCAGCACAAGACUUCACUGCAGGACCAGCUGAAUGCUGUGAAGAAGAGGCUGCCAGAGAUCGACUCGGCUCUGCUGUUGCUGUCAGAAAUCCUGCAACAGCUGACCAAUCAGAAAAGCUCCAUAGAAGAUGACAUCCACACAACCUUUGAUGAUCUGCAGAAGACUCUCAAUGUUCGCAAGAGUGUUUUACUCAUGGAGCUGGAGGUCAACUAUGCACUCAAACAGAAGGUUCUUCAGGCCCAACUGGACACACUGCUGCAGGGCCAGGAGGGCAUCAACAGCAGCUGUAACUUCACGGAGCAGGCCCUGAGCCACGGCACCGAGGCUGAGGUGCUGCUGGUCAAGAAGCAGAUGGGCGAGCGCCUCGUGGAGCUAGCCAAUCAGGAGCUUCCUCUGCAGCCAGGGGAGAACGGCCAGCUGGACUUUCUUGUGGAGACUGAUGGAUUAAAGAAAUCCAUCCACAAUUUGGGUACCAUGGUAACUACAAAUGCUGUCGCAUCAGAGACCGUGGUGACAGGUGAAGGGCUGCGGCACUGCGUGGUGGGAGUGCCCACGGCUGUCACCAUAACUACCAAGGACAAAGAUGGAGAACUGUGCAAGAUGGGUAACGCAGUCAUCGCUGCUCACAUCUCUUCCCCUGACGGGAGCAAAGUCGACGGGGAAAUAUUGGACAACAAGAACGGCACCUACGAGUACCUGUUCACUGCUCCCAAAGAAGGCUUUCUGAUCCUAUCCCUGCGCCUGUACAACCAGCACAUCAGAGGAAGUCCCUUCAAAAUAAAGGCCACCAUCCACUCAUCCGCAAAUACAGAUGGCACCAAAAAAAGGCUGAAGUCUCCGGGCAGUGGACACGUCAAGCAGAAAGCAAUCAAAAGGCCGGCAAGCAUGUACAGCACAGGGAGGAGGAAAGAGAAUCCCAUUGAGGAUGACCUCAUCUUUCGGAUAGGCACCAAAGGAAGAAAUAAAGGCGAGUUCACAAAUCUGCAGGGAGUGGCUGCCUCCUCUCAGGGAAAAGUCCUAAUAGCAGACAGCAACAACCAAUGUGUUCAGAUAUUUUCUAAUGACGGCCAGUUCAGAAGUCGUUUUGGCAUCCGUGGCAGAUCUCCAGGUCAGAUGCAGCGGCCGACAGGUGUGGCCGUCCACCCCAGUGGUGAUAUCAUCAUUGCCGAUUAUGACAACAAAUGGGUCAGCAUCUUUUCAAAUGAAGGCAAGUUUAAGAACAAAGUGGGCUCAGGGAAGCUGAUGGGACCUAAAGGCGUUGCGGUGGACAGGAACGGUCACAUCAUUGUGGUCGAUAAUAAGGCCUGCUGCGUUUUCAUCUUCCAGGCCAAUGGCAAGCUGGUCACUAAGUUUGGAAACCGUGGCAACGGCGACAGGCAGUUUGCAGGCCCUCAUUUUGCUGCUGUCAACAAUAACAAUGAAAUCAUUGUGACUGAUUUUCACAACCACUCAGUAAAGGUCUUUAACACAGAAGGGGAGUUCCUGCUGAAGUUUGGUUCUAACGGCGAAGGUAACGGCCAGUUCAAUGCCCCCACUGGCGUGGCAGUGGACAUCAAUGGGAAUAUUAUUGUAGCGGACUGGGGCAACAGCAGGAUACAGACUGCUCUGCAUCCCCAGAUGCAAAUUGGAUGUAAGGACUCCAAGAAGGGUGGCUAACCUGAGCUGCCGUUCGGCCCGUAAGCGCAAACGACAGUCAUGACCUGUCCCCCCCACCCGUAGGCAGAGGGAGGCUGCCCUCUCGUUCACCGGGGUAAACCCCAACGUACAGGCACCAAGAUGGGGAGCAACAAGUAUGCCCACUCCUGCCCGAUGCCUCUCACCGUGGGCAACUCGAGAGUGGAAGUAUGUCUAGCCCCUUUUAGGGAGACUGGUUCCAGAACCAAAGCAUUGCGUUGAGGUGAGACCAACUAUUUCUAGCCAGAACCUCUCAACCUCACAGACUCCUCCACCACCAGAGAAGUGAUCACCACCCAUCCCACACUGUAUCCGACCCCUGUGGCCCCUCUCACAGGUGGUGGGCCUAUGGGAGGGAGGACCCAUGCCUCCUCUUCGGGCUGAGCCUGGCUUGGCUCCUUGAGUAAAAGCCUGGCCACCAGGCGCUUGCCAUCAUGUCCCCCUUCCAGGCGUGGCUCCAGAGUGGGGCCCCGGUGACCCAUGGCCCCCGGUGACCCAUGGCACCCAAGGGAACACCAAAUCCAAAGUUCUCAUCCAUCAAAGGGGUCUUCAGGUUGCACUUUGUCUGGUCCCUCACGUAGGACAUGUCUGCCUUGGGUGACUCUACCAGGGGCAUAAAGCUCCUAGGAUCAUUGGGACACUCAAACCCCUCCACCACGAUAAGGUGGCAGCCCAAGAAGAGGGUCUACAGUGUCUUCCAUUGAUAUUUUGUCUGUUGGAAGCUAGCAGGUUUAAAAAUCAGUGUUGUAAUCGACUUGGGGAAAGAUUAAUGAUAUAGUUAAAUCCUUGGAACAAGAAGUGUAGUAAUCUAAUAAGUAAUGCCUCUUCUGGAGCCUCAUGUAUAAAGCGUGCAUAUGAACAAAAAAUAUGCGGUGCCAUAUUUUACGCACAAGUCAGCAUGUAUAAAAAUGAAUGUGGCAUGAAAAUUUAUGCAAAUAUAUGCAAACGUUUGACCUGCCGUGAAAAUGUGCAGCAGGUACGUCAAUUUUUUCUGUGGACAAUAAUAAACUACAAUGCACCAAACCUCUCCUAAAUAUACUGAAAUCUGAUAUCAUUCAUUGUUUUUUAGACCAAGAAGCAUCAAACCCGAUGUCUUUUCAUGAUUAUAAUAUUUUAUUGUUUAAACGUAAAAUGAUGAAACUGAACCGUAAUUACUCUCAGACAAUAAUAUAACACGCACACAAAAGAAAGAAAAUAGAAAAUUAAAGUAAAAGGAGGAGAAAACCUCACUCGAAUGUAAAUAAUAAUUUUCCUCAGUUUGAAUGCAUCUGUAGGGAAUGUCAUUCACACUGAAAAAGAAAAAGAAGGGUUGGAUCAGUAGAUUGUUUCCUUGUUUCUAAAAAAAACGUCAACUAGCAAAAUGGUUCUAAACAUGAUGCAAGUCAUGAAUGGAGGGCUGCUGAUGCUGCUUUUUUUCACAGGUGUUUGAUGCCACUGGUUCCUUCCUCUCCUACAUCAACACGUCGGCUGACCCGCUCUACGGCCCACAGGGUCUGGCACUCACCUCUGACGGACAUGUGGUGGUCGCAGAUUCUGGCAACCACUGCUUCAAAGUCUACC